UUUUAUCUCAACAUGAAAUCACUAUCAAUAACUAAGACUAAAUUAACAAGCUUAAAGAAUAGAAGAGGGUGCUUCAGUCCUCAGAAUAGGCUUCCAGCUAAAAAGUUGGCCAAUAUUACAAUGAAUAGAAGGAAGAAAUGUCAACAGAAGAGACCUCACUGAUUUUCACCACAAAAUGCUACAAGAAGAGCAUUUGAGGUGAGAGAUCAUAUCAGAAAGCAAGUGUUAACUCCUUCAAAAACACAUAGAAUGAUAGUAAAGUCUAAGGAUGCUAAACCCAGAGUAAGAAGACAUAGAAAUGUUGUUGUGAAUCUCAAAGCUUCAAGAAAACUCUAUAAAAAGCCUCAAAAAUAUAAUAGUCCUCGUGUUCAAGAAAAUUAUUUUUCAUCAGGAAAUAUGGAAACACUACCCCAGUGCAACACUAAGGAUUCUUCCUCCAAGAAGAUUAUGACAGAAGGAGGAGAUGAUAAGCCUUUAAUGAAGAACUUCCAGCCCCAUCCCUUAAAGUUCUACAUCGAUUUUGAAAAGAUUCAUGAAAAUUUAAAAGAAAAAUUGGGUUGAAAAUUAUCUGAAGUGGCCGACCAGCACAGAUGAUUCAGUUCUCCUACUAAACUAUUUGAAAAAAUCAGACUACUUUCUCCUGCCUCUAGGAACAACAGAGAUUUGAACUCAUUCGGAGAAGUAUCUUCAAGUGAUAUUGACCUCAGCUGUGCUCAAAGACAAAGAGUUAAUCUAAAGAGCUCUUUUAAAGCUUCAGGAAAGAGAAAGCAAACAGAGAUUUUAAUAUAGAAUAAGCUCAUUUCUGGCCCGAGAGAUGAAGCCUUGAUUAUUUUAUAAAAAUUCUGA